AUGCCGCGCAAAACAGUAUUCAUCACCGGCUGUGGUCCGGAUGGCAUCGGAUAUUCUCUAGCCGUGGAAUUUCAACUGCGCGGCCACCGCGUCAUCGCGUCCGGCCUCAACGACACCCUCCUUGCACCGUUUCGUGACCUAGGUAUGGAGACCAUGGCCAUGGACGUGACCUCUGAGCAGUCCAUCGCCGCGGCAGCAUCGCACACAUCGAAACUGACAGAUGGCGGCAUCGACAUUCUCAUCAACAAUGCUGGCGUGAUACAAAUCAUGCCCAUGGCUGACGCCUCCAUUGCCGAUGCACGGCGCCUGUUUGACGUUAAUGUGCUGGGCGUCAUGGCCGUGACGCAGGCGUUUCUUCCACUGCUCCUAAAGUCCCCCGCCGGCAUUGUGGCCAAUAUGGGCAGUGUGAACCAGGUGCUCUGCCCGGCCUUCUUCUCGGCCUACAACGCGUCCAAGGCCGCGGUCGAGGCGCUCAGCACGACCAUGCGGCUCGAGUUGGCCCCGCUCGGUGUCCGUGUUAUUUUGCUCAAGACCGGUAGUGUGCGGACGGGCCUUUUUGGUCAUGCAUUGGGACAGACGACACUGCCUGCCGGCAGUCUGUAUGAGCCUCUGCGUGAGUGGAUCGAGGGUCGCAAGAUGCUAGAAGCUGGUCAGCAUGUAGACAGCAAUGUGUAUGCUCGAGGUGUAGUGGACGACCUGCUGAGAGAUAAUGUGAGAAACGUCGUGUGGCGCGGUGGUUUGACGACCUUGGCUUGGGUGCUGACAUGGUUCGGCUGGGCGGGCAUGUUGGAUUCGGCCAUGAUCAAAGGAAACGGUCUUGACAAGAUCAAGCGGCCGUCCUGA